AGUACCGGGAGGGCGGAAGCGGAAGCGGCGGCGGCCGUGUCCUUCUGCGCCGUGAGGCCGGGGCGGCGCCAUGGCGGACGCGGCCUCGCAGGUGCUGCUGGGCUCGGGGCUCACGGUGCUGUCGCAGCCGCUCAUGUACGUGAAGGUGCUGGUGCAGGUCGGGUACGAGCCGCUGCCGCCCACCCUGGGCAGGAACAUCUUCGGGCGCCAGGUUUACCAGCUGCCCGGCCUCUUCGCUUACGCCAAACACAUCGUGAAGGUCGAUGGGCGAGCGGGACUGUUCAAGGGGCUGGCGCCGCGCCUCUGCUCCAGCGCCAUCGGCACCGUGGUGCACGGCAAAGUGCUGCAGCACUACCAGGAGGCUGAGCCCGUGGAGCCAGGAGCCAGCAAGAAGGAGCCCGUGUCCUCUCUGGAGCAGGUCCUGAAGGAGACCUCCCGGGAGAUGGUGGCUCGCUCUGCUGCCACGCUCAUCACACACCCCUUCCACGUGAUCACCCUGCGCUGCAUGGUGCAGUUCAUCGGCCGCGAGACCAAGUACAGCGGGACACUAAGCGCCUUCGCCACCAUUUACCGAGAAGAGGGGCUGCUGGGCUUCUUCGCCGGCCUCAUCCCCCGGCUGCUCGGGGACAUCCUUUCCCUCUGGCUCUGCAACAUGCUGGCCUACCUCAUCAACACCUACGCGCUGGAGAACGGGGUCUCAACCAUGGCUGAGAUGAAGAGCUACUCGCAGGCAGUCACUGGGUUCUUUGCCAGCAUGCUGACGUACCCCUUCGUGCUGGUCUCCAACCUGAUGGCUGUCAAUAACUGCGGGCUGGCUGGGGGCUCCCUCCCCUACGCUCCCACCUACAGCUCCUGGCUGGACUGCUGGAGCCAGCUGCACAGGGAGGGCAACAUGAGCCGAGGGAACAGCCUGUUUUUCCGCAAGGUGCCGCCAGGGAAGCGCUACGUGUGGGAGGAGAGGAGGUUUCGCUGAGGCCGGGGCUCGGGGGCACCGCUGGAGCUGGGGCUGGGGCUCCACGGCAGAAUGAUCAUGAGAGUGCUGAUUUCUAUACCUUUUUUUUUUUUUUUAAAAUCAUUUAAUGCUGAGA